AUGAAUCUUAUUUCUACUGUAAUCUUCAUUACCACUGCCCUCUCAAUAGUACUAGCAGUUGUUUCCUUCUGACUCCCUCUAAUCACCCCUGAUCAGGAAAAACUAUCCCCCUAUGAAUGUGGGUUUGACCCCCUUGGAUCUGCCCGCCUUCCUUUCUCAAUGCGAUUCUUCCUAGUAGCCAUCUUAUUUCUACUGUUUGACCUAGAAAUUGCCCUACUCCUUCCCCUUCCCUGAGGGGACCAACUCCCAAACCCCCUAACCACCUUUUUCUGAGCUGCCCUUGUACUAGUCCUACUUACCCUUGGUCUCAUCUAUGAGUGACUACAAGGGGGCCUCGAAUGAGCUGAAU